AUGCACGCACUCUUGAUCAUGAAGAUUGUUUCUGGUGCUCUCGUUCUUUUCUCCAGUCCUGCACUUGCAAGUACAGAAUCGAAAUAUGCCGAAGAAAAAGUCAUCGAACAUGAGUAUGAACAACCUGCUAUCUCCUAUAACGAUAUCAAUGUAUCGGAAGAGUUCAGUGUCACAAUGAUGUUUGAUGAAGUCACAACAGACGGUAAUUUCCUCUGGCCAGAAGGAUAUGGAAAUGUUGAUUGGUCUCCCAAUCACUACAUCUUCAACGAAUCCGAGCAAAAGCUCUUUCCCCGUAAUCACGCCACAUCACCUCCAAAUCUCCUUUUCGUUCAGGAUUCAUCCCACACUGGUGGGGUGGAGCCAUAUUUCCAAGUACGACCAAACUCACCGGCACAGUCAUUCGAUCUUCAUCAAAUCUCGAUUCUUCCAUACACCGCUAUCCCGAAGUCACCAAUUCUCUUUUCGAUUCGUGGUUACCCAGCAAGUGGUGGUCCACCAAUCGUGAGAUGGUACAAAUGGACCAUCGACGCUCAGCUCCAAUACCCAUGGGAUGCACAAGUUCAGGGGGUGGACGCUAUCAAUAAAGUUGAAAUAUUCGUGGUUCCAGGAGAAGAUGUCAAAAGCAAAGAAAGGCUUCCUUACACUCUAGAUAAUGUCAAAAUUACAUGGAGAACUUCUCUAAGUUAUAAUCAAGGUCCUGAUAUUGAUGAGCGAGAGAUAUUCUGA